AUAGCACUGGAAGGUUAGACCGAUCAAUCGUGUUGGAUUCUGGGUCUUCUUAAAGUGUUAAUACAAAUGAAUUCUCAAGUUAUUUUUUCGAGCAUAUCUGUCAAUCUCAACUCCAUCCCUAUCCUAAAUGGUACUAACUUUAAGGAAUGGAAAGAAAAUAUUCUAAUAACUUUGGGCUGCAUGGAUCUUGACUUAGCAUUAAGGGUAGAGCAACAUGCUUCUCUUACGGAUGGUAGUACCCAAGAUGAAAAAAAGUACUAUGAGAAGUGGGAUCGCUCGAAUCGCUCAAGUCUUAUGAUCAUAAAGUGUGGCAUUCUAGAAUCUUUUAGGGGUGCUGUAUCCGAUGAGGUUACUAAUGCCAAGGAUUUUCUUUCUGAAAUAGGCAUGUUAUUAAAAGACUUUACUUCCAAAACGUAUUCAGGAAAAGGAAAUAUUAGGGAGUAUAUUAUGGAAAUGUCUUAUAAUGUUUCUAGGCUCAAGACACUUAAGAUUGAGAUAUCGGAAGAUGUUCUCGUACACAUAGUCUUGAACUCUCUUCCUAUUGCAUUUGAUCCUUUUAAGGUUAGGUAUAACUGCCAAAAGGAGAAGUGGUCUCUUAAUGAGCUCAUUUCAUAUUGCGUGCAAGAGGAAGAGAGGAUGAAACAAAAUAAGACAGAAAGUGCUCACUUGGCUAGUACCUCUAAGGAUAAGAGUAAAAAGAGGAAGAGAACUCCCAUUAAGAACGAAGCUGCUAAAGAUCCAGUACAGAAGAAACAUAAGGAAGGUGAAACAACCUGUUUCUUCUGUAAGAAGUCUAGACACAUGAAGAAGGAUUGUACCAAGUAUCACGCUUAGAAAGGGAAGAAAGGGUUGUCUGAGCCACCGCAAGCCAAAUGAUGCUGAAAGAUGCGUCUAUGUGGGAGAUGGCAAAGCAGUGGAUGUGGAGGCUAUUGGGCAUUUUAGAUUGUUAUUGUCUACUGGUUUCUAUUUGGAUUUAAAAGAGACUUUUGUUGUUCCGUCAUUUAGGCGGAAUUUGGUUUCUGUUUCUUAUUUGGACAAAUUAGGUUAUCAUUGUUCCUUUGGAAACUUCCGGUUUAAUUUGUCUUUAAAUUCAAGUAUUGUGGGGACUGGUUCUUUUAUGUCAUAUGACAAUCUUUACAUGCUUGAAACAAUAACUUCAUAUAAUAAUGUUUUGAAUACUGACACCCGAG